UUCUUUACGCCUUGCAAGUGACGUCAGCACCUCGUAUAUAGUUGGUUGCGCGCUUGUUCCGUAAAUAGUUAGUGGUGAGAAGCGGCUAAGCCCAAGUCCUGAGUUAAGUUAAAUAGUGUUCGCCAGUCACGGUGUCGAGUUGCACAGGUAGAUAAGCAAGAUGAGUUACGCUGCUGCAGAAACAGUGGCGGCAAGCAGCACUUGGGCAGCCACUAACCUGUUCUAUGUGCUGCUAGUGCCAGCGCUGCUGCUAUGGUACACAUACUGGCGCAUGUCCAGGAGGCAUAUGUAUGAGCUUGCAGAAAAGAUCGCCGGUCCACCAGGCUACCCCCUCAUAGGCAAUGCUCUGGAAUUCACAGGAGGUUCCGAUGAAAUAUUUAAAAAUAUAAUGAAGAGGAGCUUCGAAUUUAAAAAUGAGACAGCCGUUAGAAUUUGGAUUGGACCCAGGCUCCUCGUGUUCUUGUAUGACCCUCGGGAUGUCGAGCUUAUUCUUAGCAGCCACGUUCAUAUCGACAAAGCAGAAGAAUACAGGUUCUUCAAGCCCUGGCUUGGAGAUGGCCUUCUCAUCAGUACCGGUCAAAAAUGGCGUUCCCACCGAAAACUGAUCGCUCCCACUUUCCACUUGAACGUUCUCAAGAGCUUCAUCGACCUCUUCAAUGCCAAUUCACGAGCCGUGGUCAACAAGCUGAAGAAGGAAAGCGGGGAGUUCGAUUGUCAUGACUACAUGAGUGAAUGCACCGUCGAAAUUUUGCUCGAAACUGCUAUGGGAGUCAACAAGAACACUCAAGACAGUGGAUUUGAAUACGCCAUGGCUGUCAUGAAAAUGUGUGACAUCCUACAUUUAAGACACACCAAAAUCUGGUUGAGACCCGACUUACUCUUCAAUUUUACUCAGUAUGCAAAGGUUCAAAACAAACUUCUCAGCAUAAUCCACGGGUUGACCACAAAGGUUAUCAAGCGGAAGAAGGAAGAAUUCAAAUCCGGAAAGAAGCCAUCUAUCCUUGAAACAGAAGUCACAACCAAAGACACCAAGACAACGUCUGUUGAGGGAUUAUCAUUCGGCCAAUCUGCUGGUCUCAAGGACGACUUGGACGUGGACGAAGAUGUCGGACAGAAGAAACGUCUUGCUUUCUUAGAUUUGCUACUAGAAAGUGCUCAGGGUGGAAUUGUCAUCUCUGACACCGAAAUCAAGGAACAAGUUGAUACUAUUAUGUUUGAGGGUCACGACACUACAGCUGCUGGAAGCAGUUUCUUCUUAUCGUUGAUGGGUAUCCAUCAAGACAUCCAAGCCAAGGUUGUUGAAGAAUUAGAUCAAAUAUUCGGUGACUCAGACCGCCCAGCUACCUUCCAGGACACGUUGGAAAUGAAAUAUUUGGAAAGGUGUCUCAUGGAAACACUACGUAUGUUCCCACCAGUACCAAUUAUUGCUCGUCAUCUAAAUCAGGACAUCACUCUACCCUCCAGUGGCAAAAAAGUACCAGCCGGUACCACCGUCGUCAUCGGUACUUACAAACUCCACCGCAGUGAGAGCAUUUACCCAAAUCCGGAUAAAUUCGACCCUGACAACUUCCUUCCGGAACGUUCUGCUAAUCGCCAUUACUACGCGUUUGUACCCUUCUCAGCUGGACCAAGGAGUUGUGUUGGUCGUAAAUACGCUAUGUUGAAGCUAAAGAUCAUACUCUCGACCAUCCUGAGGAAUUUCCGCGUAAUUUCGGACCUUAAAGAGGAAGACUUCAAACUGCAGGCCGACAUUAUACUGAAGCGAGCUGAAGGUUUCAAAGUUCGUCUUGAACCGCGCAAGAGGCUAGUGAAAGCCUAAUCUUAACAAAACUAUAAAUAAUACAAAUUCCUAUACGUUUAAUCUGUAAUUGUGUAUAUUUUUACAGAUUCUAUUUCAUGUGAUAUCUGUACUGAAUAAAUUAUUGUUAGCUAUUUUCUAAGUAUGACGAUGAUUUGUCAAAAGGGUGUCAGUACUCAUCUCAUGGGUGUUAUUUAGGUAAAAAAAUAAUAAUAAUUUGCAUAUUUUUUAAGGCGUUUAUUAAAUUAUAUUUUUGUAAAUAGUUAAUUACAUCGAGAACUAAAAUUAGGAAAACCAUGACCAAUAAAAAUUAAUAAUAAAA